GUUGUCUCUCCUAGUGUGCGAGGCGUACAAUGGCCGGUGUGUGGAUAUUUGACAAGAAUGGUGUGGCUCGCUUGAUAUCCAAUCCAACCAGAGAAUCCUUUGAGGAAAAGCAUCCAACUUAUCCAGGUACAUCUACCGCACCAGGGGCUCGACCUCGGCUCCUAGUCUACCUCCCAACCAACCAAGUGAUCCGCUCCUACUCCGAACUCGAGCAGCGUCUGGCUGAGAUUGGUUGGACUCGCUACAACAACUCCAGCCAACCAGACCUUCUCCAAUUCCACAAAUCAGAAAACUCAGCUCACCUCAUUUCCCUCCCAAAGAAUUUCGCCAACCUCAGGUCCUUACAUAUGUACGACAUUGUCGUCAAGAACCGCUCUUUCUUUGAAGUACGUGACCCCUCAGUGACAUGACAUUGUGAUUGCUCCACGACAUCAAAGUUCAAACGCAAAGUAUACAGAAACAUCGAUGUUUGGUUAUUCAACAGACCCCAUAGCCUGGACAAAGUGAUUUGUGCAGCGAAAUAGUUAAAGAAUAGCCGACUGCUAGAAUCCAUCUGUAAGAGAUUCCUAGUUACGUUUAAGGAUAAAAAGAAAAAGAAAAAGUAGAAAAAGAGGGAUGUUGGUUCUUUCUUAACUGUUUUAGUAUGCUAAAUCUAGUGCCAUGUGCCUCAAGGUAUAUAUGAU